AUGUCGAAAUCAGUUGUUGCGAUUAUGAAGCGUAAAGAUGGAUCACCCGCUACAUCCGGGCCAGCCGGUAUUUCGUCCGGACAGGCGAAUCCAGAGGAGACACGGUCGCAGGAGCUGCGUGACUUGCUCGGUUCGUUGUCGGAUGCCAGUGAUGUCGAGGAUGACCAAGCACCACUGAUCAUCCCACCGAGACCCGGUACACUUCCGCCCACCGAACCGGAUGCCAUGGACACAAGUCCGGACGGUGGCCCGUCGUCAGGCGGUGUAGAUAAUGGUGCCGGUGCUGAUGCCAUGCUCGUCUCCGACGGGGAAACCAAACAGGCGUCACCACCCCGCCGUCGGUUUGUCAUGCCUGUCCCUCUCCCGCGGCGAAGGCCUCCGGGUGCUCCCGUAGUUAUUUGCCCUGACUCAGACCCCGAAAGCAAUACGCCGGUAAGACCGUCAGUUGGCCUGACCAGGCCCGGAACCACUGGCAUUGCCAGUAGAGUGACGAAUGCUCUGGUAUUGUCGGACACUGACUCCGAUCUGGACACCCUGGACAAGCCCCUGGCUAUGCCGUCGAGAUCUGCAAGCACCGUUGCCACCUCGGCAUCGAGCGGGCGUGCGGGAACACUCGAUUUGUCCGACGGUGACUCGGACGGCGAGUCGGAUGUAGGGGGACCCGUGGGCCCUUUUGUUAUCCCCAGCAGGCAAGCACGCCCGGGUUCAUCAACGCACGGGUCAAAGACGAGUCGUACCGGCUCCGUCCUCUCUACGGCGAUCGACCUAUCAAGCGGCGAUGAAUCUGAUUCGGGGGCGGACGGGCAACCGUUCCUCAUCCCGAACAGGCCGGCAAGAGUGGCUACGCCGGUCGCGACUCCGCAGGCUACACCGGUCGCAGCUUCCCAGGCUGGUCAUGCCGUUGCAUAUCCGAAAAUCUCCCCUGCCCGUGCUGCAACGCCAUUGGAUUUGUCAUCGGGUGACGAGGAAAUGGAGUCGAGAGGCAUCGAGCAACCGCUAGUCAUCCCGCCCAGGCCGGCGAGAAUGGCUACGCCUGUCGCCGCUCCGCACCCGGCACGUUCCUCCAGCCGUCCGCAGUUCUCCCCUUCCCUGGGACCCACAACGAUGACCGCCGGUCGUGGGCCACCGCGGGUUCCUGCCCGAUUCGGAAACAUAUUCGGGCUUGGGGCAACUGGCCCAAGGGAUGAAGCUAGGAUGCCUGCCGGGAUGCGAAUUGAACAGGUCUUGCUGGGUAGCAUCCCGGAUGGACAAGAACCGCGGUUUGAAGCUACGUUAUCGAGGGCUAUCCCCCUCGUGGAAGAGUGCUCGGGUGUACGUGCGUUGAGCAGUAGCCCGGCCCAUGACUCCGCCGGGUCUGAACAUGUUGCUGGUCCGUCGGGUUCGAACACUGGUGAAGGUAGCAGUUCUCCAUUCCGGGGGAAUUCCUCUGCAGCCGGGCGAUCGCAGUCCCCCAGCGAGUGGCCCGGGCCGUGGCGCACCGCAGUAUCGCCGGAGGAGGAGGAAUUCCAAGUUGCCCACGGGAUCGUCCGGGGUCCCACAUACGAAGGCCCCCUUCCGACGAUGCUGCGACGGCAGAUGCAGGAGAGCAAUGUCGUGAAGGCGCGAUUGGAGGCACUGCGAGAAAUGAGGAAGGCAAACAGGCAAGGCGGGGAAAUGCUGCUGAGGCUGAAGGAGCGCUGCGGCGCAGAUAAAAAGUAG